AUCAGAUCAUACAAGCAACGUCCUUCAGAAGUGGUAACAUUAUUCAACGCACUCUGUGCUCCUGAUAGACUUAAAAGUCACCAAAGAUAACAAUCAUGCAGAUCUUCGUAAAGAUGCUGACUGGCAAGACCAUUGCCGUGGACACUGAACCUGAGGCAACGGUCGAAAGUGUUAAGAAACAGAUCGAUGAACGUGAGGAAAUCCCACCGAACCAGCAGCGGAUGAUCUUUGCCGGCAAACAGUUGGAAGAUGGACGCCAGCUACAGGAAUACAGCAUCAUCAAAGGAUCUACGAUCCAUUUGGUGCUGCGUCUAAAGGGUGGCAUGCAGAUUUUCGUGAAGAUGUUGACUGGCAAGACCAUUGCCGUGGACACUGAACCUGAGGCAACGGUCGAAAGUGUUAAGAAACAGAUCGAUGAACGUGAGGAAAUCCCACCGAACCAGCAGCGGAUGAUCUUUGCCGGUAAACAGUUGGAAGAUGGACGCCAGCUACAGGAAUACAGCAUCAUCAAAGGAUCUACGAUCCACUUGGUGCUGCGUCUAAAGGGUGGCAUGCAGAUUUUCGUGAAGAUGUUGACUGGCAAGACCAUUGCCGUGGACACUGAACCUGAGGCAACGGUCGAAAGUGUUAAGAAACAGAUCGAUGAACGUGAGGAAAUCCCACCGAACCAGCAGCGGAUGAUCUUUGCCGGCAAACAGUUGGAAGAUGGACGCCAGCUACAGGAAUACAGCAUCAUCAAAGCUUCUACGAUUCACUUGGUGCUGCGUCUGAAGGGUGGCAUGCAGAUUUUUGUGAAGAUGCUGACUGGCAAGACCAUUGCCGUGGACACUGAACCUGAGGCAACGGUCGAAAGUGUUAAGAAGCAGAUCGAUGAACGUGAGGAAAUUCCACCGAACCAGCAGCGGAUGAUCUUUGCCGGCAAACAGUUAGAGGAUGGCCGUCAACUGCAGGAGUACAGCAUCAUAAAGGGCUCUACCGUUCACCUCGUUUUGCGACUGAAGGGAGGAGAACAAUAAUUAGUUGAAAAAAUGAUUCAUAUUGCUGCCAACUGUUCUUGCCUUAUACACAGAUGAGAUGUCCUCAAACUCAAGCUGCCAAUAAUUAAGAAGGCUGGCUUUAGUGAUAACUGUAAAUGCCAACCCAGGAAUCUCUACUGCCCGAUCAUUGUAAAUGGAAUUGACUGUACGUAAUCUAAAAAGUCUGACUAGACUUAAUCAAAAGCCAGUAGAAUGUAAUAAACUUCAACUCUGGCUGUUUGAAAACACCAAGAUGCAGAAUUAAAUUGUGUUUGUUUUUUUAAUCAAUUUGAAUUUCAAAAUAAAAUUUUAAUUUUGAUCCUUGA